AACAUAUAAGAAUUAAUAGUUUUCUUUGAGCGUUCUUGAAGUAACGGAAGCAUACUAACUAUACUUAAUCUAUUGCACUUCCAGAAAACGCCAGUCGCUGGUGUUGGCCGAAUGGGACUUGGGACAAUUAUUCGAAUUAUUCCAUGUGCCGCGACGUGCGGUUGCCGACCAUCGAACCUGGUGUAGAGAUCACGACUACGUUAUAUUUCAUCGGCUACAGUCUUUCCUUAUUUACACUAAUACUGGCGGUCUACAUAUUUAUCUAUUACAAAGAGUUACGAUGCCUCAGAAACAAUAUACACACGAAUCUAAUGUUCACUUAUAUCCUGGCUGAUUUGACGUGGAUUUUGACUACUGUGAUGCAGGUGUCUAUGCAAACAGAUAUACCAACUUGCGUAACGCUUUUCUCGCUUCUUCAUUAUUUCCAUUUGACAAAUUUUUUCUGGAUGUUCGUCGAAGGUUUGUAUCUGUAUCUGUUGGUCGUGAAAACAUUCACUGGCGACAAUAUCAAGCUAAGACUUUGCUUAGUGAUUGGAUGGGGUGUCCCGGUGCUCGUAAUAGCCAUGUGGGGAAUCGCCAAAUCGUUAGAUCAGAAAGUCAUGAAUCAUGUCAUGAAUCAAGCUAACCAGGAAGUGGCGCUCUGGAGACAUUGUCCCUGGAUGAUACCACAUCCUUAUGACUGGUUUUAUAAAGCGUCCGCUGUAAUAGUCCUAGCAGUGAACAUGGUGUUCCUUUUCAUGAUUAUGCGGGUGCUGAUAACGAAGCUUUGGUCUUCUAACAACGUGGAGACACAGCAAUAUCGAAAAGCCAGUAAAGCUCUCUUGGUGUUGAUACCACUUCUAGGAGUGACGUAUGUGCUAGUUAUAGCUGGGCCCACCGAAGGUCAAGUAGCCAGUGCAUUCUCCUAUGCGCGCGCGAUUCUACUUUCUUCGCAGGGAUUUUUUGUGGCGCUGUUUUACUGUUUUCUCAAUACUGAAGUGCAGAAUACAGUUAGGCAUCAUUUCGCACGAUGGAGCACCACGCGAAAUCUCGGCACCCGCCGGAGGUAUUAUAACAAUUGGUCCCCUCGUUCAAGAACGGAGAGCAUAAGAUUGUGUCAGCCGUCGAAUCCGUAUCGAAAGCGAGAGUCUACGGUAAGUGAGACUACCACUACGACAGUGAUAGGCCUGAAUUCUACCACGACGUUCCAUCUCGAUAAAUCUAAAGGGGUUAUUUCGGAGGCUCUCAACGAGUGAAACAAGAUACACGAGAGAGGAAUUUCAAUAUAGAACGAAUCUCGUCACGUUAUCGCAAUAUCGCAGAUUGCGCGGCGUCGCGUGAGUCGCACCUGAACCCUCGUGGUUGACUAUGUUCUUUAUAUACAAAUGACGAAAAAUUGUAUAUGAAAAUUGCUGCAAUCCGCCGCGCAAUCUUUUCCUCGAGAUUAUAUUAUUCACGUGCGUACGGAGAUUAAUUUUUACACGAAAAAAAUGUUCUUGAUACUCGACGUUAUAUUCGAUAUUUUUAUAUUUCACCAAGAGAACAUGUAUGAAAUGCAACUCUCACAUAUCACUACUUUUGUUGCGAUCUUGUUGUGUUGGAUUACGAUGUCACAAGACAGAAAUUAUAUGGAUUUCUCUAACUGGCGCUCAAACGAGUAUGUCAAUGUGGCAACUCGAAUAACAGUAACGUUAUUGACGAUAUCAGUUCGUAAAACAUACCAAAAAUUUUCUUUUAUUUUAUAAAUUAUUACGAAAUAAUCGAUAAUUAUCAUUUGUCAUAAUUCAAAUUUUUAUUUAGAUUCAUAUCCUUUUUGAAAACAGAAUAUUAUAAGUAUAUAACAUAUGUAGAUUAGAUUACAUUUAUUUACUGAUGCAGAAAAAAACUAAAAAACUAAAAAAAAUUGUUUUCGCAUAUUUUACUAAUUGCAAGUUAUACUUGAACGCGCGUUGUGGCAUAAAAAUAAAUUUAUUGCAUUUUCAUGUAUGUAUAUAGAGGAAAAGAUCCAUAUAACUUCUUUCGCGUCUGGCUCGAUAAUUCAAUAAACUAUAAUUGCAAAAAAAUUGUAUAAAAUGUCAAAGAAUCUCAAUUAAUAUAAUUUUGAAAAACUAUACGAAUUAAGAGAAAUCGCAAUAAGCCAAGAAUUUGUUCCGUAAAAUUGAAUUUUGAAUUGCAGAUUGCAGAUAUUGUUUGACAAUACUACAAUAAUUUCCAUUAUCAUUAGUUAUAGUAUAUAAGUAAAACUCGAAUGAAUGUCAUAAAAUGCGCAACGCAUUGCUUUUUCACAUUGAACGCUGAGCGAACAAUAACGGCAAUUAUUAUUAAAUAGUAAGGUGAUCAUAAUUCGAUCUGUAUCGCUAUUUUUUCACUCAGUGUUCAAUAGCGAGCCGCGCACAUGUUAUGGCACGUAUUGUGAUUUGAUUGUGAGCUCUACUUAUAAAUUUAAUGAUAAAUAUUUCUGUUAAAAGAUUUUUGUAUAACAUAGACCAUGCUAGGCAAUUGUACUCAUAUUGAUAGAAAUUAAUUAAUUUUUCUUUCUUUCUUUCCUUUCCGCUCCACGCGCGCUCACACACA